ACUGGCGCAUGCCACGGAGCGCCCCUCGGGCCGCCGCCGCUCCUGCCAGGGCCCCUGCUGCUGCUGCUGUCGCCUGCGCCUGCUGCCCCAACUCGGCACCCGACUUCUUCAUGGUGUGCGGAGGUCAUGUUCGCUCCUUAGCCGGCAAACGACUUUUCUCCUCGCCUCCUCGCCCCGCAUGUUCAGGACCAAACGAUCUGCGCUCGUCCGGCGUCUCUGGAGGAGCCGUGCGCCCGGCGGCGAGGACGAGGAGGAGGGCGCGGGGGGAGGCGGAGGAGGAGGCGACCUGCGGGGAGAAGGGGCGACGGACGGCCGGGCGCAUGGGGCCGGUGGCGGCGGCGCAGGCAGGGCUGGCUGCUGCCUGGGCAAGGCGGUGCGAGGUGCCAAAGGUCACCACCAUCCUCACCCCCCAGCCGCGGGCUCCGGCGCGGCCGGGGGCGCCGAGGCGGAUCUGAAGGCGCUCACGCACUCGGUGCUCAAGAAACUGAAGGAACGGCAGCUGGAGCUGCUGCUCCAGGCCGUGGAGUCCCGCGGCGGUACGCGCACCGCGUGCCUCUUGCUGCCUGGCCGCCUGGACUGCAGGCUGGGCCUGGGGGCGCCCUCCGGCUCGCAGCCCGCGCAGCCGCCCUCGUCCUAUUCGCUCCCCCUCCUGCUGUGCAAAGUGUUCAGGUGGCCGGAUCUCAGGCAUUCCUCGGAAGUCAAGAGGCUGUGUUGCUGUGAAUCUUACGGGAAGAUCAACCCCGAGCUGGUGUGCUGCAACCCCCAUCACCUUAGCCGACUCUGCGAACUAGAGUCUCCCCCUCCUCCUUACUCCAGAUACCCGAUGGAUUUUCUCAAACCAACUGCAGACUGUCCAGAUGCUGUGCCUUCCUCCGCUGAAACAGGGGGAACGAAUUAUCUGGCCCCUGGGGGGCUUUCAGAUUCCCAACUUCUUCUGGAGCCUGGGGAUCGGUCACACUGGUGCGUGGUGGCAUACUGGGAGGAGAAGACGAGAGUGGGGAGGCUCUACUGUGUCCAGGAGCCCUCCCUGGAUAUCUUUUAUGAUCUACCUCAGGGGAAUGGCUUUUGCCUCGGACAGCUCAAUUCGGACAACAAGAGUCAGCUGGUGCAGAAAGUGCGGAGCAAGAUCGGCUGUGGCAUCCAGCUCACGCGGGAAGUGGAUGGCGUGUGGGUGUAUAACCGCAGCAGUUACCCCAUCUUCAUCAAGUCAGCCACACUGGACAACCCGGACUCCAGGACGCUGUUGGUACACAAAGUGUUCCCCGGUUUCUCCAUCAAGGCUUUUGACUACGAGAAAGCGUACAGCCUGCAGCGGCCCAACGACCACGAGUUCAUGCAGCAGCCGUGGACUGGCUUCACCGUGCAGAUCAGCUUCGUGAAGGGCUGGGGCCAGUGCUACACCCGCCAGUUCAUCAGCAGCUGCCCGUGCUGGCUGGAGGUCAUCUUCAACAGCCGGUAGCCACGUGGGGAGAGGACAGCGGGAGCCUAGCGGGCCCGGUCCAAACUACUUUGCUGCUAAUAGUUUCCUCCUGAGUGCUUGCUUUUCAUGCAAACUCUUUGGUCGUUUUUUUUUUCUUUCUUUCUUUUUUCUCCCCUCCUUCCCCUCGUUCUUGUUUAUGUUCUGUUUUGUUCUUUGAGAAAUAGCUUAUGAAAAGAAUUGUCGGGGUUUUGGCGGGGGCGGGUGGUAUGGUUGGCAGAACACCGAGGCGUGAAAAGGGGAAGCAAAAAUCAGUACCACCGAACACAGUGUAAAUGGGGGGGCAGGCCUCGACUUCGGGGUCCUCGUUGCCCUCGUCAGGGUGUACGAGAGAGAGAGAGAGAGAGAGAGUGUGCGUGUGUACGCAGAUGGGGGAAGCGGUGUGCUCUGUUGUGUUUCCUACGGAUGUUGACCGCUGAGAGGUUUGCGCUCCCAAGCUGUGUCCCUCGUGCUCCUUGGACUUGCACAGUGGGGCAGCGGGUGUCCCAGCAGUGGCCAGCAGCAAGGCUCUGUCCCCCAGCCUGGGGAAGCCCCCAUCCCACCUCUCCCCUUCUAGGACAUUGGCCUGUCCGCAGGCUUCUUAGAAGCCACCCUGCCAGUUUUUCCAUGCUGUCUCACUCCCUUCCGGCCACCCUGCUGCCGUUGUCGUGUCUUUCCUUUUUGGCCAUCUGCUCCGGGAUACCUCUGAGAUGGGCUUCCCGAGGGCUGCCGGGGCAGCCCCGUCACAGUAUUGCUCACCCAGUGCCCUCUCAGGCCCCUCCGCCUCUCCCCUGCCCUGGUUACAUCAGGUUUUUCCUGGACUCAGAAAACCAGCUCAGCACUUUCCUCCCCUCUGCAGCCUGUGUGUUGAGCUCUGCUGUUAGACCAGCGAGGGGAGCCGCCCCACUCCCCACCAAGAAGGAUUCGGUCCAUCUUAACCCAAGGUACCAUCCUGAGCUGACACCUAACUCUUCCGUUUCUUCUACAACUCAUACACUCGUAUGAUACGUUGACACUGCUCUUAGCUCAAUGAGCAUGUUUAGACUUUAACAUAAGCUAUUUUUCUAACUACAAAGGUUUAAAUGAACAAGAGAAGCAUUCUCAUUGGAAAUUUAGCAUUGUAGUGCUUUGAGAGAAAAAGGACUCCUGAAAAAAAAACCCUGAGAUUUAUUAAAGAAAAAAUGUAUUUUAUGUUAUAUAUAAAUAUAUUAUUACUUGUAAAUAUAAAGACGUUUUAUAAGCAUCAUUAUUUAUGUAUUGUGCAAUGUGUAUAAACAAAAAUAAAGAAAAGAUGCACUUUGCUUUAAUAUAAAUGCAAAUAACAAAUGCCAAAUUAAAAAAGAUAAACACAAGAUUGGUGUUUUUUUCUAUGGGUGUUAUCACCUAGCUGAAUGUUUUUCUAAAGGAGUUUAUGUUCCAUUAAACAAUUUUUAAAAUGUAUACUUGA